UAUGUAAUAUUUUAUUAAUAGGAGAAUUCUGAAACUGAUUUUCUCAUAAAAGUUAAAGGAAAAAUGUCACGUGUAACGAAUCCCUUUUAUAGUAGUAACGUGGUAGAUUACAUUGUUAAAACAGAACUGUUCUAGUCCUACAGAACCUAUGACUUUGGGUUCUCCAUCUAGUCCUAAUACGCCAUCACCAUCUGGAAGUUCUCAAUAUCUACCCGGAUAUUUAACUGGUGCCACAACUCCAACUGCUCCUCCUGUAUCUUCAGUCUGGUCUGUUCGUAAUCCUGCAGGAAGAUCAUCGAUUCCACCUUAUGUCACCAACCUGCAAACCAAUUUAACACCACUUUCUAAAACACCAAUACUUAUUCAUAGUCAAACUCCUAGAGGAAAGCCAGGUGUUCCUCCUGUACAAGAACUAUUUGAUAAUAUUACUUCACCUGCAUCUAAUUAUCCAGCCAAAAAUAUAGCAACACCCCAGAAAUCCAUGGUACAAGAUAAAAUGGUUAAUGCAACUUUUGAUUCUGGAAAUUUAACUAACUCCAUUUUAACCCCAGAUCGAAAUGUGAAUCAGACUACUAAUAGUUCUUUUCUUUCUCCUGCACAAAUUGAUCCAUUUUACACUCAAGGAGAGAAUCUUACUGCAGAUAUGCAAUUAGAUGAAACAUGGGUAACAGUAUUUGGGUUUCCACCAGCUGCAGCAUCUUAUAUUUUACAGCAAUUUUCACAAUAUGGAACUGUUCUUGAGCACAAAAUUGCAACAUCAGGAAACUGGAUGCACAUUCAUUAUGAGACAAAACUACAAGCAAAGAAAGCAAUUGGAAAGAAUGGGAAAAUAUUUGGUAAAACAAUGAUGAUUGGUGUUACGCAGUGCAUUGAAAAGGCAGUAAUGGAUGAAUCUUGCAAAGAGAAUUCUUUAUGCUCUAGUGCCAUCUCACCAUUUAUUAGCUCAGAAAAAAGUGGAAUGAAUCAAGGAACCAUUCGGCCCCUAACUCAAGCAUACAAGACGGCAGUUUCUACUCAUAAGGUUACCCCUCAGACCAGAACGCCACAAAAGAAUAAUAAUGUUAUUUCAAAAGCCAUGGAAUAUAUAUUCAGUUGGUGACAUUUCCUCUUCUGCUAGAUAAUUAUCUGUGCAAUAAGUCACUUAAAUUUUCUACCAU